CGCGUCGUUCAACACCGCAGACGAGACGUUUUCGGGCAUGGGGCUCUCCGUCGUCGGUCUGGUUCUCCUCGUUGGCUCUGCAUGCGUCCAGGGCGAGGCGGAGAGGAGGAAAGCGGAAUUCCCUUCCAUGGGCAAUCCAGAGAAACGCCAGACGCCACCGUGCGGGGCGAACUACGGACUCUUCUUGGGGCAGUAUUACCCGCUGGUUAGCGCGAAUUAUCCCAACAACAUCCCGGUCCCGCAUUCCUGCUCCUGGAUGUUUUCGUGCCCCGUGGAAAUGACGCUUCAAUGCUCCAAUUUUCAACUUCCAUUGAACCUACUCUGUUUGUGGACCGGCUUCACUUACAACGGGAAAACAAUGUGUGGAUCGAGCACUGCUCUUCAAAGCCCAGUGAAUGUGGGAAGAACCCUGAACGCCCGCCUUUACGCCUCUGUUUACACUGGAAAAGGAUUCACGUGCACUGUCACCUGCGGUUCACGAGCUUCUUGCAGUAAGUUGGAGAGAAAAAAAAAAGGUGAAAUCGCAUGUAAUGAUUUCAUUGAGCAGCUCUUUCAGGAAUUUCCCGAUUCCCUCCCGACAUCUUCAGAUUGCGGAGUCUCCCAAUACCCGAGGAAGAGAGUCGAAUCCUCUCCCCCUGUGAACUCGACGGAAUCAGGCGACGAGAAUCCGCCCGGGAACUCGACGGACGUGGACCGGAUCGUCGGGGGAAGCGUCGUGCCGAGCCAGAGGAAAUAUCCCUGGAUGGUUUGGUACAGGACGAGUUCGGUGGCGUUCUGGUGUGGGGGGACCCUCAUCGGCGAUCGAUACGUUCUGACGGCCAGCCACUGCGUCCAUGAUGCGCCAUCCGCAACCUAUUACGUGACACUCGGAGACUUGGAUCGAAAUACGCCGUUCGAGAGCGGAUCCAUAGUGAUCCCAGCCCAGGCCAUCGAACAUCCCCAGUUCGUGAUAAAGAAAUCCGGGAACAGCCUGCUGGCCAUCAACAACGACAUCGCCCUGCUGAAGCUCUCUCGCCCGGUGGACUUCCAAGCCUACCCGCACAUCCGGCCGAUCUGUCUUUCCAUGUUUGCCCUGCCGUUCACGGGGCAGACGGUGGUGGAUGCCGGGUGGGGAGCCACGACGCCAUGGGAGGGGGCUAAUGGAAUCACAACGGCACGUUUGAUGGAGGUGACGGUUAAUGUCGUCAGCGAUGCAGUCUGCAAAAAUAACUACCCGACUUUGUUCAAUACCAACUUUUUCUGCACCCAGGGAGAUGGAAAGAAUACCUGCAACGGGGAUUCCGGAGGACCCGUGAUGUACAAAACUCCAUCCGGAUAUUAUCAGAACAUCGGCGUCACCUCGUUCUCGAAGAGCUGCUCCCCGAACUACGGCGCCGCAUUCGCGAAAACGGCGAUUUACGUGAACAGCUUCAUCGGGGCGUACACGAACGACGCUCGGUGGUGUCCGCCCCCAGGAUAUUAGUUCCACCUCUGGCAACUCCGUUCCAUGCUCGUUGCAAUGCUUGUUGCCAUUUCGUUGUCGCAUCCUCUUGGAUUGCGUCGUCGGUGGCAAAUUUUCGAAGGAUUCAACGUCUGAUGCGCUGGCGAUUUCACUUUGAGUUUGUGCGUGUUUCAGUUUUUCACGAAGUUCGUUUGAAUUUUCGAGGUUCCGGCGGAAUUCCUGCUGCAUUCGCUUUCCAUAUUGAUUAAAUUCCACGAAGAAAGUUGUUUUCGUCGCAGA